AUGUAUCAGUGCGUAUCUGGUGCCAGCAAAAUCAUUGGUGAAUACAAGAAGUGUGCAGUUCAAGGACCCAAGGUCAUAACUCCUGAGAUGCAGCACACUCUUGAUGAAGCUGAUAAGACUCCCAAGAAGCAAAAAACAAAAGGCGAUUCUUCAAAUCCUGCUCCCUCUUCUCCCAAACCAAAACAUGUCAAGAAGUCAGCUCGCAAGGUUCGCAUUCCUUCAUCAACUUCUUCUGAGAGCGAAUAUGAUGUUGCUCAUCAAAGAGAAUCUAAGGAUGAUGUCAACCGAAAUGAUCAAGAGGUAAAUUUCUCUAUUACAACACCUCCAAUAUCACCUACUUCCACAUUUGUUCCUAUCACCAUUGCUCCUUGCCUACCUCCUAUUUCUACACAACCGCCUACUUCUAUUCAAUUGCAAAACCCCAUUUUCACUCAAACAAUGACCACUACGACUACCACCACAGGUGAACCGUUUUUUGACGUCAAUGCAUCUGAUGUGGGGGCAAAGACUUCGGGUUUUGAAACCUUUUCUACAGCACCUCCCACUUCUCAACCUCACAAUGAAUCUGACAUACCUCUCAGUGUGGAUGGACUCGACUUUGACACCAUCCAAUAUAGUCCAUUCUCGGUCCAGGGAAAAAGCGAUGAUGACGCCCCUGUAACUCAAAAGGAUAUCUGGGCACUUAUUGAAAAGUUAGAAUCUCGUAUUGCUUCAUCUACUGCAUCUUCAAGCCAUGUGUAUUCUGAAGCAGAAGUUAAAAGUAUGCUUGAUACACUUGUGAAAGAGCAUGCUGCAAAUCUAGACAAAGCAAACAAAGCGGUUGAAAACUCCACUCGUUCCUGUCUGCAAGCAACCGAAAAAAUCGAUAAACUAAUCUUCGAAACGAAGAGAUUUAUGAUAGAGAUCAAUACAGUAGCUGAGUCGAAUACUUCCAAAGUGAACGAUGCAAUUGAUAACUUGAACGCUUCGCUUCGCAAAGAAAGGUUCCAAGAAGACUUAGCUAUUGAAAACAAGAUAAUUUACGAACUUGCUUUACGCACCACUCAACUCAAAUCUCAGUCUAUCAAGCUUAAACACGUGAAUAAAGAAAUGGAGGAGCUCAAAUAUGAAAGAGUUAUUUUGAAAAGUUGUGUGGGAGAUGUGAAUUCGUUGCUCUCCAAUCUUCUUCAAGCACGUGACCCCAUUCUAAACAUCAACAUUUGCAGACAUUUGGCAGACAAGCUUCGUCCAGCUCUCGCUCUACUUAACUGCAUUGAAGGUGUUUCUAAGGCCCCUAUCCCUCUGAAACAAGGGGGAAAAUAUCAAGCUGCCAAAACGGGGAAAGCAUAUCCACUCAAAUCUGGACUGAAGGGUAAUGUAGCUUCGGGUUCCAAAGGAAAGAAACCAAUGGGGGAUGAUGAUGAAGAUGAAGAACUUCAAUGA